AGAGCGCAAUCUCAGUUUCAGACGUGUUCAAACAAGAGUUUGUGUAGAAGCUGAAGACUUCCUCUAAAACAUAAACCGCUGCUCAUUUGCAAAUAUGCGCCGUGUAGUUGUCCGGUUUAAUAAGUGACACGUUUUUACACCGAGUUUCUUUUUGCACUGUGUCGUCAUGGGGACCGCGUUCGCCAUUGUUCUUGUAUUUGUCGGAUGUUGUAGCAAUGUGGUGUCUCUGGAGCUGCUUGUAAGAGAGUUUCCAGGAUGUGGCAACAUAGUCACCUUCGCUCAGUUUCUAUUCAUCGCAUUAGAAGGUUUCAUCUUUGAAACAAAGUUUGGACGCAAGAAACCAGCAAUCCCUGUCAGUAACUAUGUGAUCAUGGUGACGAUGUUCUUCACCGUCAGUGUGAUCAACAACUACGCCCUCAACUUCAACAUCGCCAUGCCUUUACACAUGAUCUUCAGAUCAGGAUCAUUAAUCGCUAACAUGAUCCUGGGAAUAAUCAUCCUGAAGAAAAGGUAUUCAGCCAGUAAAUAUCUGUCUAUAGCUUUAGUGUCAGCUGGUAUCUUCAUCUGCACCAUCAUGUCUGCCAAACAAGUGAAUGUUUCCAGCGAAGGAUCAGAAGAUCAAGGAUUUUAUGCCUUCAUACGCUGGCUUAUAGGUAUCGCCAUGUUGACGUUUGCUCUGCUCAUGUCUGCGAGGAUGGGUAUUUUCCAGGAGACGCUGUACAAGCAGUACGGAAAACACUCCAAAGAGGCUCUCUUCUAUAACCACUGCCUGCCUCUGCCCGGCUUCCUGCUACUCGCCUCAGAUAUCUACAACCACUGCAUCCAUUUCAGUCAGAGCACUCCUGUGUUCGUCCCCGUGGUUGGAUUUAGUGCACCGAUACUGUGGAUCUACCUGCUGAUCAAUGUCAUCACACAGUACGUGUGCAUCCGUGGCGUCUUCAUCCUGACCACAGAGUGCGCCUCGCUCACCGUCACUCUGGUGGUGACGCUCAGAAAGUUCCUCAGCCUCAUUUUCUCCAUCAUUUACUUCCAAAACCCCUUCACCGCCUGGCACUGGGUGGGCACGGCGGUGGUCUUUCUGGGGACUCUGCUGUACACGGAGGUGUGGAGCAGCGUGCAGGCGGCGCUGCGUGGAGCCGACGCCAAGCAGCAGAAGAAGGCCGAGUGACGGAGCAGAGACUGGCGGUGGAGUAGAAAACCAGCCACUGUGUUGGACUUAGAAAUAGGUUUUGUUCAGUUAUCCUCCAGCAGUUUUAUACAGUUGAGAACGUUUUUGUUUUCACGUUCGAUCCUGCAUCACCAGAACCACACAUGAAUACGGACACGCAGCGGCUCACAGGAUGAUGCUGAUGGUCAGUUUUGUUAUCCUCGUCAGCAAAUCCCAUGAAAAGACCAAAACCAAGGUGUUACAAAACAUUCACACAUACGGAUGCAGAGUAGUUUUUAAGUUCUGGGGGUUCGUUGUAUUGAACACAUCAUUGUCUGGAUUAAAUGCCAAACCUUCUA